ACGUGUCGUGUUUAGUUGCUGCCUGCCCCUGCGAGAAUCAUGAGAAACACGGUAAGGGCAUCGUAGCCCCUACCGAAGGCUGGUCCGACGGCCAGAGACAGGGCGUGAAUGAAUGGGUUUGUUUCAAGAAAAGGAAGCGGAUACCACACGCCACAAGUCAUGCCUGUGUCAGCCUGAAGAACUGUGUGUAUGUGACGGUGUGUGUGAUCUUAUGGCGCAAACAUGACAAGAGCAGCACUCACUAAGCUUCUCAUCCUCGUGAUCCUCGCCUUCAUCGUCUGCAUCCCAGAAUUCUUCACAUUGUACAGAGCAUCAAAAGUUAACUUCCUCUGUCUGCCCUACCGACCGUGUGAGCGAGGGAAUCAGGUGAAGUCUGGAGGAGAUGGGAAGAUCGGGGAUGCUGAAAUUAGGAGGAAGGACAUGUGCGACCCGUCACAGACUGCAGAACGUGAAAAGUGGGAGCAGGCCUGCACGCAAAAGGACCACAGCAACAUGACAGAUCCGGGAUCAGACUCCAGGAGAGACAGUGAAGACCCAGAAAAGAGCUGGUUCAUCUGUGAAACAGAUAUGGACAUGACAGAAUUACACAGGAACAUCUCAUCUUCAGCUUUAAAGGUACAUUUCGAGGUUUCAGUGGAGCUUCAGCUCAGAGAUGCAGAGACCCUGAACCUCACCUUGUACAGUCACAGUAACCACAGCUCCUUACACCUCCACCCACCUGAGGAGGAAGAGGAGGGCAAGAAGAAGGAUGAUGAAGGACAGAUGAAGGCAUUUUACUGCUGUCUCCCCGCCCUGUCCACCACGGAGUCAGCCAAUCAACACCACUGUCUCCUUUGGCUCCCCAAUCAAACAGUUUUGAGUGCAACAGCAAAGGAGAAGCUGCCAUGGAAACAGAUCCCAAAAGAUGAGUGGCGGUGUAUGUUCAGGGUGCUCUGGCUGGUUCUUUUGUGUGUGGUGCUGCUGACUGUAGUCACAACUGUGCUUGGACAAGUCUACUGGGGACGGUUGUGCAAAAAGCCCAAGGUGCACCCUGUUGGUUAUGACUUCACUGGCCACCAGCUGAACGAUGGUGAGAAGCACACAGAGAUCAUUGUUUCCAAAGGGAUGAUCCUCCAGUCCAAUGGGUCCAGGUCUUGGCCAGAACUCUCACCCAUUCAAGAAGUUGAUAGUCACGAUGAUGUAGAAACUCUGCUGGAUGGAAAUGUCGACCAGUGUUAUACAGCAAAUCUGCAUCAUCGCAGCCACCCCUCCACCUCCUCCCUCCCAGAGGAGCAGGCCUGGUGACAGAUGAGCAGCCAGAGGAGGACAGAAAUGGGCUCAAAGUGCAGCAGAGGAAAACAAAAAUGACUAUUUCAAUUACCAGCCACCUUUAAGGUGAAAAUAAAAACAUCUGAGACACAUGAAGUCCGAUAAAUUGUUUAUAUUGUUUAUUUUCAACAUCUCAUCCUCAAACAGUCAUAGGGCAUGUUAUUAGAAGAGAGGGGAUCUUAAUAUAUUAGCAAAGUCUCCAAACCUUAAUAAAUGAGUUGGCUAACAAACAUUUUUCAUUUCGCAUUACAAAUCAUUUUGUAGUCUAAGGCAGAAGCACGGCUGAUAACCAG